GUGCCAGGGGCGGCUGCGAUCCUCCAGCUCCGGCUUUUUAAACACCAAGCUGUCAGUUCUUGCAGAACCCGGCCUCAAAACACCAACUGCAGUGCAAAUGAGGAGACACAAAUUAGAAAAAACUCCAGGAGAAGACCCCACCAUGCAACCCAACUGUGCUCAUCUCCACAGCAUCCAGGGAAGCGCUGAUGACUCUUCCUCCUCGCCGAGGCUGUCGGGAGAGGGCUCCUGCCACUCCAGCACAGGGGACGUGCGCAUCCAGCUGAGCUCCAGCGCGGGGGAAUCCAGGGAAAACGCGACCUCCCGGGCCUCCAGGCAGGGCUCCCAGAGCCGCUCCCACGGGCACGCCCAUGGGGAAGCAGGAGGGCCCGAGGAUGCCGCUCCAGACCCGGAGGAGCAGGGCAGCAGCUCCCUGUCGGAGCUGCGGUAUCUCCUGCAGUGGCUGCACAAGAGCCUGCCCUAUCUCCUGAUCCUGUGUGUCAAACUGCUCAUGCAGCACAUAACUGGCAUUUCUCUUGGAAUUGGGCUGCUAACAACUUACGCGUAUGCAAACAAAAGCAUAGUAAAUCAGGUUUUUCUGAGAGAACGGUGCUCCAAGUUGCAAUGCACUUGGUUACUACUUUACCUAAGUGGAUCAUCUCUCCUCUUGUAUUACACCUUCCACUCUCAGUCCUUGUAUCACAGCUUAAUCUUCUUAAGCCCCACUGUGGAUUUUACGAACUUCUGGGAGGUGCUUUGGAUUGUGGGAGUCACAGACUUUAUUCUGAAAUUCCUCUUCAUGGGCUUGAAGUGCUUUAUUCUCCUGGUGCCUUCUUUUAUCAUGUCCUUUAAAUCCAAGGGCUACUGGUACAUGCUGUUAGAAGAACUCUGCCAGUAUUACCGUAUGUUUGUCCCCAUACCAGUUUGGUUCCGUUAUCUCAUUGCCUAUGGGGAGCUGGACACUGCACUGGGAUGGACCCUUGGGAUUCUGCUGGGCCUUCUCUACCUCAUCCUCAAGCUUUUGAACUUUUUUGGACAAUGGAGAAACUUCAGGCAGGUCCUACGGAUAUUUUUUACACGCCCACACUAUGGGGUGCCAGCCAGCAAGAGACAGUGCUCUGAAUCUGAUGAUAUUUGUUCCAUUUGCCAAGCUGAAUUUCAGAAGCCUAUUCUGCUGAUCUGUCAGCACACAUUUUGUGAAGAAUGCAUCUCUUUAUGGUUUAAUAGAGAAAAAACCUGUCCACUCUGCAGAACUGUUAUUUCAGACCAUGUUAACAAGUGGAAGGAUGGAGCCACAUCUAUGCAUCUACAGAUUUUCUAAAGCUUAUCAAACAACUUUGUUCGUACUAAGGUUUUUCAGUUUACUGCAGAUUAAAUUGUAGGUGGCACAAGGAAGGAGUUUCCAAAUUCAUGCUUCUCUGAAAUGUUCCAGGAUUUUAAACAGUGCAGAAAAUGGUAACUUCACCUUUUUUAAGUAGAGAAAACUUAAGUUUUCAGAAUGAAUGUUGAAAAGCCAGCAUUGCUUCUCUUGUGAUUCUCAUAGGAAACAGUCAAAUCCUUGAAACGUGCUGCAUUAUUUCUUAAUUCAACAUUUUAUUUUAAAGUUUAAUAGGGUUCCAGACUGUACUAAACUGCAUUUAUCCUUCUAACACAACUCAACCCAGAAGGUCAACCUACUGAUUUUCUUACAAUUGUGAGCAAAUUUUAUACUCUGGACUACAGUGAGAAUUAGAGCUGCUUGUCACUCUUGGCAUUAAAGAUCUUUAAUGCCUACCCAGUAAAUGAGAGAAAUGAGCUUAUUAGUGCACCUGGAACAGCAUCUGUUUGUCCCUGCAUCUGUAGAUAAGCACAAGAAUAAGGCAUUUCCCCUUUAGGUUCUUGUGGGCUUCUAAUGGAUCCUUGGCUUAAUCUUUUGGCUUUAAACCAACCACUGAUGUUAGUUUUUCACUUAGCAUUUUAUAAAGCUGGUAUUUUAAAAAGAAAUCUUUAAUACUAUAUUUUUGUCAUAACAGAAACCAGAUUUUCUUACAGGGGAGAAUCUAUUUUAUACUCUAUUUGCAAUUUGUAGUUUGCAUAAAAAUCAGAGAGAAUAAAUGCAUUUGAAUCUAUUUGUUUGAUGCAUGUUGAAUAAAGAAAGACUUCUUAUUGUUUUGGUAUUAAGUCA